AUGGGAAUGGGACAAAGACUGUGUCCCAUUGUUGAUGCCACCCACUGCACACGUGUGCGACAUGCCCACACAUUGACACCUUUUGGUGGCCAGAUCUGGCUGCCCCUGGCCCCUGGACCCUGGCAGCGCUUUCCUGCUCCACGUCCGCCGCACCGUGGUCAGCCACCUGCCAUCCAGUUUUCUACAGUUGCAGGUCCCUUGGCGCGCUUUGUUUUUGUUUAUGCUGGGCAGGCACAAGCUGACAAUGCUCCAUCAUGUCCAGCGUACGUGCGGCCAAACAAAUUACAGGGGCACUGCGUCACCUGCAGGAAUUUCCAAUCUACAUUGUCAAAUGCCAUCAAAAGUUGUUGGACAUGUCGUAACAUUAAUUUGACAUUUUACUGCCCUGGACGUGGGCCAAGGGAUCGUGCGAAUGAAAAUCCAUAG